AUGGCGCCGGCAAAGAAAUUACCAUCGUACCUGGUCGGAGAGAUACUUUGUCGAUUGCCAACGAAAUCUAUUGCUCGAUUCAGAGCCGUAAGCAAGACAUGGAACGCUUUUUGGGGAGACAAGAGUUUCUUGGAAAAGUACUUGGCUCGUACGCUACCUCAAUUCAUCGUAUGGACCAAUUCCCAGAUUUGUUCAGUAGGCAUCGACGACGACGACGAUGAUGACCCGAGACUUGAGGUGCGUGAUAUAACUUUAGACAUUUCAUUAAUACAAGCCAGCUUAGUUCAUUGUGAUGGGUUUCUGUUAUCUAGUAUUUGGAAGAAAGGUUUUGAGGUUUGGAACCCUUCUUGCUUAAGAAGACAAAAGAGAUUUGUAGAGAAUCACGAGUUCAGGUUUUGUGGCCUAGGGUACGAUAAUAGUAGACCCGAAACCGAAACAACAGGUUACAAGAUUUUUGGGUAUGAUUUUUGUUUCGAUACAAGUGGCCAACUCUACCAAAACGUUGCCAUCUACGAUUGCAAGUCUGAUGCGUUCAAGAUUAUUAGUAAUGCCCCUUGCGAACAAGAUUUGGGUGUGCCACAGUUAGAUACAAUGGUGUCUCUCAAUGGUAAUUUAUACUGGAUUGCUUAUCAUUCAGUGGCUCGUCAGUAUUUCAUCCGAAGUUUUGAUUUUGCCAAGGAGAUGUUCAAGACCUUUUGUCUUCUACCUCAUAGCCAACAACAACAAGACGACUUCGGCUAUACUCAAGUCCUUGCUGUUUUCAGGGGGGAUCGGUUUUCAUUGUUAAGGCAGUCCUACAUGACCAGCAAGAUUGUCAUUUUUGUUACAAAACACAAGAUUGACGGUAAUGGAGAGGCUGUGGCGUGGAUGCGUUUCAUGACAGUGUCGAUACCAGACUUCCCCAGGUUACAACACAAGUGUCUCGACGCUCAGCCAAGUUACUUCGUCGAUGAUGAAAAGAGGCUAUUUGUGUGUACUUGUGAUGAAACUGGGCAUGCAUGUAUCUACAUUGUGAAGGGAGAUGUGUUCAGCAAGAUUCCAGUAGGUUCCAUGGUUGGUCAUCGGCCUUCUCACCUCGUUUAUAUCCCCACUUUUACCCCCAUUCCUUUCACUCAAAGAUCAGAGGAGUUACCAUCUGAGUUGGUCGGAGAGAUACUUUGUCGACUGCCAAGGAAAGCACUUGCUCAAUACCAUUAA